CAUUUUUUUUUCUUAAAUUUCAUCCAAACAUAUAAAUCUCAUAAAACCGGUUUUUAGCCGGUUUUUCUUUUCAGAAACCGGUUUUGGGAACAAAACCAAUAUUUUUUUUCGUUCUCGAUUUCGGUUAACCAAAAACUGAUUUUUUUCCCGGUUUGAUGCCCUGUGUAUAAUAAUAAACAUUAAAAAUUAAAGUAGUUUUUUUUAAUGUUAUCCUGGGGGCGGCCAUACAGACUGGCACGCAGGCGGCCAUAUACCCAGGCACGGCCCUGCCUUCUAUAUAACUAUGUAUAUGUAGCAAAAAUUUUCUAAUUACAUAUUGCAUGUAAUGUAACACAUAUCUAUUGUCUGCAGGAUCCACAGCCAGGACCAUCAUGGCGGAGAGAUAUUCUGGGAGUAUUCCCCGAUACCCUGCAGACCAACAGAUGGUAAAACUGCAUUUAAAAAUGUAUUAGGUAUUAGAUCCGCCAGGAAUAUUUACAAGGUAUAGAUGCAUUUACAUUAUUAUUAUCUAAGAUGCCAACUGUACUUGUAUCUAAGUGGUCAGAUUAUAGUUACACAUUAUUACUAGAAAGAAAGAAAUCUAGAUUAGAAUUAUUGUCCGAUUUUCUAACUCAAGAAGCAGUAAAGAUUUCCACAACAUCUAACUUAUGUUUAGUUGAUGCACGCAGCAAUAAAUAUAAAAAUUAUGAUAAUAAUAUAAAUAGCAGAUCACAUUCAGUUUUAGUACUGAAUGAUAAGUGUCAAUACUGUCGUAUUUCAAGACACGAUUUAACAAAAUGUACGCAGUUUAAAAAAGCGCUGAGAAAAGAUAGAUGGCGAUACAUUAAGCGUAACAAUCUUUGUUACAAGUGUUUAUCGUCAAGUCAUAAGCGGGAAACAUGUCCGGCGCCCGCCUGCGAUAAGGAUGGCUGCGGCGGAGCGCACCACCGGCUUCUGCACUACCCUGUACCUACCGGGCGAGGGACUAACAAUGUCACCGCCGACCAAGUGAACGUCUGUCCACCCGCAAGUGAAACUGUGACCCAUAUUAACGUAAAUAACCAACAAGUGUUAUUAAAAGUAGUGCCGGUAAAAAUUCGUGGACCAAACGGUGUUAUUAAUACCACCGCCUUACUUGACGAUGGUUCAACCGUGUCGCUCAUAACUGCCGAUCUCGCUAACCGCGCGGGACUGAGCGGGCCCCGCGACACAUUACGUAUGUGUGGCGCAUGGAAUAAUUCUGUAAAUUUAUGUAACACUACUGUUGUAACCUUUGAUAUUUUCUCUGUAAAUUCACAUGAGAAUAAUGAUGUGUAUACUGUAAAAGCUCGUACCAUAAAUAAUUUAGAUUUGCCUAUACAAGAUUUAUCUACUGCUAAUUAUAACUUGUUUAAAAAUUUACGUAAAAUUAAAAAUAAAUUGUAUGUAAAAAAAUUGAAACCUGAAAUACUAUUGGAGCAGGAUAAUUAUCAUUUGUUAAUUCCUUUGCAAACUAGUUUAGGUAAUAAGAAUGAACCUGUCGCUACACGCACUCCCUUAGGUUAGUGUAUACACGGUUGUUUAGGUAUACCGGAACAUAAACGCUCGUCCCACUCGACCCUCCUUAUCUCUGAGUUACGCAGUUAACCAGUCGACGAGAGCGAGCGCAUGUUACGGGACAUCCAUGAGGAGAUGCGACGGUCAUUCACCAUCGAGUCCAUGGGAGUGUCAGGUAAGCCACGGGAGAAUGCUGAUGAUAUCCGUGCUCUGACAGUGAUGGAGCAAACUGCUACACUCAUCAACGGCAGGUGACACGUUGGGCUACCAUGGAAAGAUAAAAGCUGCAGGAUGCCAAAUAGCUUCCCUAACGCUGUACGCAGAUUAAAAGGUGUAAAAAAAAAAGCUGAAAGCUGUGGUUCAGCAGGUGUUUCCAGGAAGGGAUGGUCGAGUUAGGGUCAUAGAAUUAAAAACUAAGUCUGGCAUUUUGAAACGGCCGGUGACGCGUGUCUCUCGUAUUUCGAUGGAUAAUGAGUGCUGAGCCAGGCUCAACACUAGGGUGGGGUGUGUAAGCGACGCGUUCUGUGUGUUCCUCAAAACUCAAUAGUUUGUCUAUGUCAUUGUCUAUGCUUGCGGUCGUUUAAACUUAUAAUCGGCGCAACGGACGCCACGCCCAGUCUGCACCUAGAUACGAUUGACACCACAUGUCUAUUUAUUAUCUGUAAAUAACGAUAUUAAAAACGUAAAAUAAUAUCCAAUUGUUAAAGUCUUCGUUUUCUUGCCAUCAUUCGUGACCUACCAUAUUCCAUACCAUACAAGUCUGUUAAAUUUAGUUCUUUUUUAUUUAUUUUUAGUAUGACAAUAGACCUGCACCACCGCCAACACUUUCAUCACCGCCACCAUCACCACAUGGAAUUGAGAACCAUGUGACUAGUGUAGCGCAGCAACCAAAAGAUAGAGAAGAUCCAAAGUGUUUCAAAUUAUACCAUGAAAAGGAAUCAAUUGCAAGAUAUUUAAUAGGUUCAACAGUAGGCAGAGAGCCAAAACAGCACAUUUUAAUCUGCAAAAGUGCGAAAGAAAUGUGGGAUACUUUCAUGCUGUGUAUGAACAGAAUGAAAGAAGACUGGAUCUCUUGUACUGCGAGCUAUUUAUUUAUAAAAAGGCAUCAGAGGACAGUAUAGCUACGCAUGUCUCUAAAUUACAAAGAGAACUUGAUAAUAGAUUCUGGUGCGUCACACCAUAUUACAUCACACAGAGAGUAUUUUGCUUCAUACGAACAAUUUGAUAACCCAGUUCCAGUUCAUCUCGGAGAUGGUAAUCAAAUGAUGGCUGUUGGAUUUACCAUCGUAGACAUAAAAAUGUUGGUUAAUGGAAAAUGGGAGAAAGGUAAUUUAAAAGAUGCUUGGUUUGUUCCUACUUGUAAACAGAAUUUAUUCUCUUCAGGGUCAGCUUUAAAAAAUAAUUUAAUUGAAAUAGGUGAUAAAAAUAAAAGAAUAUUUAAAAAUGGCAAUAACAUAAAAGCAGUUGUAAUGAGAAAUAAGGAAAAUAUGUAUAGAAUGAGGGUGAUAUUACCUAAAAAUUAUUGUAUGCUUAGUAGUCAAAAGGCAGACUUAAAUAUCUGGCAUGAACGCCUAUGUCACCAGAAUUUUAGACAUGUUGAAAAGUUCUUAAAACUAAAUAAUAUUCCAUUCCAGCCGGCAAAUAAAGUUGUUUGUGAUGGGUGCAUGUUUGGUAAAUACACUUAAAUUUUAAAUCACUAAAAUUUAAGUGUGUCAUUCUUUGAUGCCUUAAUAAAAAAAAUCUGUCUCAUUAUGAUUUGCAGGUGUAUGCAGAAAUACCUACUGUCUGUAUUUAGCCAGUAUAUAUUGUCAAUGAGAUUCGCAGUUGCAACUUCGGUAUUCUAUUUUGCAGCCAUAUUUAGUCAACUGUAUUGAGCAUCCAUUAUUGAUCAUCUGACUAAUAAAAAGGAGAUUACUUACCAAUUCUGGUACAUAGAGAACAUUUUUUACUUGAAUUAAGGCUGGCCUAUACUUUGGUCAACGCAUCUCCAUUGCUAUUCAGCGUGGAAAUGCAGCAAGUAUCCUAGGCACCCUACCAGCUAGCAGUGAUCUCAAAGAAAUUUGUUAUCUUUAAAUAUAUAACUAUUUUUUUUAUUUUUUAAUUACUUAUUUCUAAUUAUAUAUCUAGAUUAACUAUCUCUUCUAUUUAGAUAUUUAUAGUUUAUGGUUACUAAGAUAUAGUAUUUAUGAUGUACAUAUAUAAUAAUUCAUUAAAAUAAAUAUAUUGUAAAAUUAAAAGGUGGUUUGCAAUAUAGAAGUACAAAUUCCAACAUCUUUGUGGUCCUUCGAAGAGAAAAGCAAGUUUCCAGCACGAGCGGCGAGGUGAAAUUACAAAAAUAAUGUCCAAGAAUCGAGAAGAGACGCCAUUAUUAGCAAGUCGCAAUCAUCCUGGUAUAUAAUAAUAUAUAUUCGGCUAGUGACAAGGUGCUUCAAUACCUAUUCAAGAAAGAAAAAUUCACAUCGGACUAUGUAAAUAUGGCAAAAAAAAAUUUUACGAACCAUCCACAAAAUUUGUCAAAUUAUCGUAAGACAAAAUAUCACGAACUUUUGCUGUAAAAGAACUGUGUGAGCGAGAUCGACGCAAGAAACCACCAAGAAACGAAAAUUCGUCGUAAGAGUGAACAAGAUACAACUACUGCGCGUGGAACGCAGCGCUACGAUAUUUUGACGGCUACAAAACAAAACAAGAUUCGCGCUAACGCAAACCAUAAGUUCACCAAGAAAGAAGCGACGCCAUAUUUUUUCUUUUAAGCAAUGCCCGCCCAGAACAAGUCUAGCAAAGAAAAAAACGUUC